AUGGCCGAGCUCAGACCGGGUAGUACACCCAAACGCACAGUAUCCUUCGGCCCUUCCGACACUGUGACGCUUCCAUCGUCGGACGAGGUAAGCUCAACUCUGCACACCAACGGCAUCGCACCUCUAUCGUCUUCACCGGGCUCAUCCAGCGCGCUCGACAACGGCGAGCCCAGCACUCCGCGCAACGCCGCCAACGCGUCGCCUCCCACCUCGAUGCUCAAAUCCGCCAUGAAGCCGGGCAAGGACCGCAAGCGGUUGCCGCCACCGGAACAGUAUCAGCACCCGGACCCGCUGCUGCGGAGGUUGCGACUCGUCGACGCAUACGGCGUGCCCGUGGACCUGCGCAAGACGUUCCGCGAUACCAAGGUCAUUGGAUUCUAUUUCGCCUCGCAAUGGGCGGGGCAGCCAUUGAAGGAGUAUCACUCGGCGAUUUCUGAUUUCUGCCGCCAGCAUCCGCACGAGUUCAAGGCGAUCUAUGUCAGCGUCGACGUCGACGAGCAGUGGUACAAGGCGGGAGUGAAAGAUAAGCCCUGGAUCUCGAUGGUGUGGAACGACGGGAGCAGCAUGCCUGCUGAACGUGCGGAUCGCACCGCUGCCCCUACAUCACCCGAUGGAGACCUAGAUGAACUCCCGCGUCUGUACAACAACGAAGACUUUUUGCUCGCCAACGAGCAGGACAUCGACGAGAGCCUCUCGCACACCGACAAGUCCGGCGAGGCCUACUUACGCCCCUUCUCGCGCGUUCACCUCGCGGCCAAGCUUAACAUCAUCGCCGCCCCCACGCUGUGCAUCUACCACGUCGAAUCGGGCAAGAUGCUCGAAUGGAAUGUCCGCAUGGGCCGACUCAGCUCGCAUCGCAGCAAGGACACAUGGGAAAAAUGGUGCAACGGCGAGAGCGCAUCGACGUUCAGCGUGAGCGAUGCGUUUGCCAUGGCACCGUAUUCGUUUUUGGUCGGGCUCCUGGCGCUGUUGUACUUUGCCUUCGUGAGGUUUGCAGGAGAGGAGUACAAUGUGCUGAGGAAGGUGCUGCACAGCUGGUUAGACGCGGCUCCCGGGGGCGGGUUGAAGGUCGUACCGAGUGGCGGGGUCGAAUUGUAG